AUGUGUCCCAGGCAGCUCCUACAUUAUGUGAAGAAUGUAAUUUUCAAAGACAGUUCUGGUGAGACCGUUUAUUUUGACAGAAAUGGAGAUUCUCCCGCAAUUUAUGACAUACUAAACUUUCAGGUAGCGAGUGAUGGAAGAAUGACAAAGUAUGUUCACGUGGGCUACUAUGACUCAAGCCUUCCUGCCAGAUAUAAUUUAUACAUUAAUGACAGCCUGAUUUCAUGGAAUGUGUACAACACAAUGAUCCCGCACUCAGUCUGUAGUGAAUCGUGUACUCCUGGAUUUAGGAAAGCUGUUCGUAGAGGAGAACCAUUCUGUUGCUUUGAUUGCAUUCAAUGUUCCAAGGGAGAAAUAAGCAAUGAAACUGAUGCUAAUAACUGCUUCAGAUGCCCUGAAGACCAAUGGUCAAAUGAGAAACAGACUACAUGCAUCCAGAAAUCUGUUGACUUUCUUUCUUAUGAAGGAGCACUUGGGUCAUCUCUGACUGGUUCCACAAUAUUUUCUUCAAUGAUUAUAGUUUUUGCCCUGUGUACUUUUGUUAAGUAUAGAUACACCCCGAUUGUGAAAGCAAACAACCGUGAACUCAGUUUUCUUAUUCUUGUUUCCCUGUUCUUCUGCUUCCUGUGUCCCUUGAUGUUCAUUGGUCAGCCACAUACACUGACCUGCUUGCUCCGACAGACUGUAUUUGGGAUAGUAUUUUCCUUCUCUGUUUCUGGGAUACUGGCUAAAACUGUUACAGUGGUCAUUGCUUUUAAAGCAACAAAGCCUGACAGCAAGUUAAGGAAAUAUGCAGGACCAAAAACUCCCUACUUUAUUGUCUUCUUUGGCACCCUGGUGCAGGUUAUCAUAUGCAUCAUUUGGUUGGCAAUUUUUCCACCAUUUCUGUAUCAGAAUAUGAAAACUGAAGAGGAUAAAGUUAUAGUAGAAUGCAAUGAGUGUUCAGUAGUCAUGUUCUUCUGCAUGCUGGGAUACUUGGGUAUCUUGGCCACUAUCAGCUUUGUUGUGGCUUUUCUAGUGAGAACUUUGCCAGAUAGUUUUAAUGAAGCUAAAUUUAUCAGCUUCAGCAUGAUUGUAUUUGUUAGUGUUUGGCUGUCAUUCAUACCAGCAUACCUCAGCACAACAGGAAAGUAUAUGGUGGCUGUAGAGAUAUUUGCCAUCAUAGCAUCUGGUGCUGGAGUAAUUAUUUGCAUAUUUGGCCCAAAAUGUUACAUCAUUAUUUUUAAACCACAUCAUAACACGAGGCAACACCUAAUAGGGAAUAUAAACUCUUCCAAGAAACUAUAG